AUGUCAUCAUCAUCGUUAAAAUAUAAUUUAAUCAAUGAAAAUAAUUCGACGCAGGGAAUUUCAAUUGAAGGCUGGAAAAUUGUUACCAAAAAGUUUUCAAUUCUUAAUUCACAAGAAAUCGAAAAAGUACAGAAAGAAAUAUUAGUUCCAUUACCGGAGAUGUUUUUUGGAAAUAAUUCAUUAAGUGUAUCAAACGAUGAAUAUGGCAUUUUAUUUGAAUUUUCACCAAUUGAUGCAUUAAAAUUAGUAGAUUUUACAAAGGAAGGGGGCGAAAAAGUUAAAGUUGCAUAUUCUAAAGAAUGGACACUCAAAAGUUCCAAGAACCAUGAACAUAUUAAGGAUGUCAUAAAGCCUUAUGAUUGGACAUAUUCUACUUUAUAUUCUGGAACAUUAAAGAUUGCAUCUAAAGGACAGAAAUUUGAAAAGACAACAGAACGCAUAGACAUAGAAAAACUUAAAAUUCCUGAACCAAUAUUAUUUUAUGAUGAAAUAAUGUUAUUUGAAGAUGAAUUAGCUGAUAACGGGACAGCUGUGUUAAGCGUUAAAGUGAGAGUAAUGGAAUCAGGAUUUUUCAUACUUCAAAGAUUCUUUCUAAGAGUAGAUGAUGUAUUAUUUAAAAUGAAUGAAACCAGAGUAUAUCAUGAAUUUGGUACAAAAAGUUUAUUAAAAGAAUAUUCAUCAAGAGAAGAACAUUAUUCUAAAAUCAAAGCUAAAAUACCUGUUUACAAAGGUGAUGAUAUAUCACAAUUAACUAAUCCUGAUUGGGUAUCUUCCAAGUUGACAAAUUCAGAAGAAUUGAUAUUAGAAAAAUUAAAUUUAUUGGGUGAUGAUUAUUCAAAAAUUUGA